AUGGGAGAAAUCAGGGUAAUGGAUUUAGAUGAAUCUAUUUCUAAGAAAGAUAUAGCUGAAUCAAUUGCUGGGGCAGGAGAAUGCCGUGAGGAAGAGGUUAAGGUUGGAGAAAUUCGACUUAGUCCUGCGAAGUUAGGAACAGUCUGGGUUCGAUGCCCACUAACUGUGAUUCAUAAGCUUAAUAAUGCAAAACACGUGCAAAUAGGUUGGAUCAGGGCAAGAAUACAAACACUAGCAGCACGGCAAUUGCAGUGCUAUCGAUGCUUGGAGACAGGGCACAUUCGUCAUCAAUGUCAAAACUCCGUGGAUAGAAGUUCACUUUGCUAUUUCUGUGGUGGCGAGGACCAUAAAGCUCGAGAAUGUAAGGCAAAAGUACCAAAGUGUCCGAUAUGCACAGACAGUGGAAGACCAGCAGAUCACCGACUGGGAAGUGACAAAUGUAAACCCUGUCUAGGGCAAGCGAUAUGGUGCAAGCUGGUUCUGACCAAACUAGAGCAAACACAU